CAGCGGCAAGAUAGUCGCAAGAUGAAGAAAAAAAAAGUAUUAAUUGUACUAAGCCUAAUACUGAGCUUAGUCGGACAAACACUUCAAGAUGAGCCAAAAGUUUCAACUCCAGAAUCAGCAGCAACAUCUGAACCACCUGCAGCUGCCAAGGAACCUUCUAAGAUCAGUGAGCCGGAGUCCUCAAAUAAAGCCACCGCAUCCAAGUGCAAAUCCACCGAAGUUCUAUCCGAGAAUGGCUGCGUGGAUCGCGAGUUCUUCCUGAACCGGAUCAUCAUGCGAUCCUGGAAGGACGAUGGAUUCGAAAAGGCAAAGGCGAGGGCCGGCCUGGUGGACAAUAUGCAGUGCAGGGAAGACGAGAUCAGGACACCUUUUGGAUGUGAAAAGCCUCGGUUAGCACAGCACAGGGAAUUUAAUCGAGUUAAAGUGCUCCACAGUAGACUAGAGCGCGACAAGGUGCGACACGGCGGCUAUGAUUAUACAUUAAGGCACUCAGGGAACGACGGAGAGCACAAAGUUAUUAAAAGACCUAGAAAAUUGGGGCCUCCAAUAACUGGUACCAAUCGGCCACGGACGUACGUAUUCAUGCCUGGCAGAACUCUAAGAAAAGGACGCAAGUGCCGAACUAAUGAGGUGACUGGAAGAGGGAGUCGCUGCAUUCACAGAAGGCGACAUGUAAAAACGACAGCUGAAGAAGCAAGCAAUGAGAACUCACUCAUGAGAACGCACCAAAAAAGAGUAGGGUAAUUUGUUGGUUAAAAUAUAAAAUAAUUUUUAUUUAGAUUUUUAGUUAUUCUGCAUUUAGCUAUAGACAUCAGGAACUUCGAAUGAAACCAGUAACUUUUUUCACCUUUUCAUAUACAAAUGUAUUUAAUUAAUCAUAGACCUUAAAACUGUAUAACCAUUCUUAGAGAAGAUUUUGUAAAAUAAAGGAAAAACUUUUUCUCAA